CUCCUUAAUUAGCUCUCCUGCUAGCUAGCUAUAUAGCCUGUGUUGCGUCUAGCUAGUGACGAUCGAGCUCGAGAGCUGGUCGAAUGGACGCUGCUGGUGGCAACACGGCCGCGAAGGUGACGGUGGCGCGUGCGCAGGAUUACGGGCGGUCCGUGUCGCCGCCGUCGAGGGUGUCGUCGUGCUCGCCGCCCCCUCCUCCUGUGGGCGCCUUGAUGGCGGGCGACGACACGUCGACGACCGUCGUGCUGAGCCCCUGCGCGGCGUGCAAGGUGCUCCGCCGCCGGUGCGCCGACGGCUGCGUGCUGGCGCCCUACUUCCCGCCGACCGAGCCGGCCAAGUUCACCACCGCCCACCGCGUCUUCGGCGCCAGCAACAUCAUCAAGCUCCUCCAGGAUUUGCCGGAGGGCGCGCGGGCGGACGCGGUGAGCAGCAUGGUGUACGAGGCGGAGGCGCGCCUGCGGGACCCGGUGUACGGGUGCGCGGGGGCGGUGUGCCGGCUGCAGAAGGAGGCGAACGAGCUCAAGGUGCAGCUCGCGCGCGCGCAGGCCGACCUGCUCAACGCGCAGGCGCAGCACGCCAACCUCGUCGCCCUCGUCUGCGUCGAGCUCGCGAACCACCGCCGCGGCGACCAGCAGCUAUAUCAGGCGCCGCCGCCGUCGUCGUCGCACCACCCGGCGGAGUACGGUGUUGGCGCAAGCUUCGGCGCCGCCGCGUACCAGCCGCUCUACGACUCGGACAUGGACUCGGCAGCGUGGGACGAGGCCCAGCUCUGGGCGUGACAGAAAGAUUUUUCGCCGGGCGGAUCGGAUCGGACAUGAUAAAAAUAUGGUCGGCUAGCUAAGCUAGCCGCUCUAGUAGCUAGUGUACUGCAGGAUAAUUGAUAAUCGAGAGUACUAUAGUGAGUACGGAGUAUUACUGUAAUUAGACAACAAUCAUUUUUAAGAAGUACUCCGUCAUUAGUAAGCAUCUUCUUCGGAGUUCAGCAAGUUCUGCUUUCAUCAGAGCUUAUGUUCUUCGGACUUCAACAAGUUCAGAUAUCUUGAUUUGAAACAAGAUCGAUCUUGUUCUGUGGUAGUCCUGCUCCUGCCUAGGGUUUACAAAACUGACGAAAAAAAAAAAUCCAGA